AUGGCGGAUAUCAAUAUUAACAAUCGUAAAAAAAUAUUAAAAAACAUAACAGAAAAUGUUCCAAAUAACCAAUCUCAACAAUCUCAAGUUAAUUCGUUCGGUGCUUUACCAACUUUCCCGAAUCAAAGAUUUUGGACUAGAUCAGUAUUAGUUAUUUGUACUUUCACUGUAGUGUAUUUUUCAAUUUUAAAAAAGAAAGAAGUUGUUUUUGCUUUUCAAAAAGAUUUACUUGAAAAAAGAGAAAUAAAUAUACCUUGUUCUGAUUCAUAUAUUACAGAACUAUCCAAGUUUAAAGAUUGUGCUCCUCAGUUUUGUGGACGUUUAGUUUCUGAUACAAUAAUAUCAAGUUCAGAAGUUAAGACAUUAUUAAAAUUUGCAGAAAAUGGUAUAGCUCUUGGAGGUUCUGAUGGUGGUGCAUCAAUUCUUGAUGUUCAUUCUGGUGCAUUAUCCCAUGGACAAAGUUUUGUAAAUUUUUAUAAAUUACCAGAUAUUGCAAACGUUAUAAAAAAGGAAGAUUUUUUAACAUACACGAUGGUAAAAAAUAAAAUUCAAAAAGCCAUUGCUCAACAUUUUCAAAUAAAUUUUGAAAAUUUGUAUUUGACUUAUCCGACAUUUUUUUCUCGUUUAACAAAUGCACAACCAAAAACGUUACAUGAUGAAUAUUGGCACAAACAUAUUGAUAAGGAAACAUAUGAAUCAUUUCAUUACACAUCACUUCUUUAUUUAAACGAUUUUAAAAAAGAUUUUUCGGGAGGAAGAUUUAUGUUUAUAAAUAGUGAUAAUUCUACAUCUGUAGUUGAACCGAAAAAAGGCAGAGUUUCAAUAUUCACAUCUGGAGCUGAAAAUCCUCAUUAUGUGGAAAAAGUUUUGUCAGGCGUCAGGUACGCAAUUACUGUUUCAUUUACUUGUGAUCCAUCUAAAGCAAUACCUGAUCUUCAGAUGAAUCAUCCUAAUUGA